CCAGCAUUGGACUCCGCUCUCCAGGUCCCCAGAGACGGGCCACAGUCACAGGCAGCGCAGAAACCCAGUGGGGAACCCCACUUCUCAGGGGCCUCUGCUGGCAAGGAUCCCAGGCUGGAGUUUCUCAACCUCUCAGCGCUGGGGUUGCACUUCUACAAUGGGAAAUUACACUCCCACUUUCUUUCCUAAAGGGAAAAGGGAAGAAAGCAGUGACAUGGAGGGGUGACGUGAUGCAUCACAGCCCGGCGGCAGAGCUGUAACCGCCAGCCCCAGACCCAACCCGGCUCAGCCCCACAUGCUCCUGAGAGCCCACAGCUGCAAUGUCAGACUUUGAGGGGCCCCUGGAAGUAAGCCUCCCGUCCACGGAGAGAGCCCUCACGGUCCUGCAUGUGAGCCUGUACCAUCCCAGGCGGGACCCGGCCACCUUUGCCAAGGUUCCACCACAGCUGCAGCACGGUACCAACCCGCUGCUGGUGGGGCGGGCCCCGGACACCCACCUCCAGCUGCAGCUCCCCUGCCUCUCCCGCCGACACCUGUCCCUGGAGCCCUACCGGGAGAAGGGCAGCGCUCUGCUGACCUUCUGCCUGAAGGUCCUGAGCCGCAGGGGCUGUGUGUGGGUCAACGGGUUAACUUUGAGGUUCCUGGAGCAGCUUCCUCUGAGCCCAGUCAACAGGGUCGCCUUCUCCGGCAUCCAGAUGGUGGUCCGCAUAGAAGGGGGCACCUCGCUGGAGGGCUUUGUCUGCUGCUUCCAUCUCAGCCCGUCACCCCUUAUUCACAGGCCGCAGGCUGAGGAGACCGACGAAUGGGAGAGCACCUUCCAGGGGCAGCCUCCCCCAGGUUCUGGGCCACGGGCUCCAGGUCACCAGGGGCUUCUCCAUGGCCCUUCCCUGCCUAGCCCUGGAGGAGGAGCAGAAACACAGCUCCAGAAGGAGAUCUCAGAUAGCGUGUUGUGCUAGCCCCACCGGCUGUCCAGAGCAAGCCUCGCCCCCAUGAGGACUUGAACGCUUGGAGCGACACCACGCGGAGGUUGACCAGCAAGACCUGCUGGGUAACAACGAACUGAUUCUGCGAACCUGCACAGCCUGGGGAGGGGGUUGGGGGGGCCGCGGCACACCCUCCGUGGUUACAGCUCUGCAAGGUAAUGGGAGCUUCCUAUACUUUUAGAGGCCCUGAGGGGUUCCGAGAGCCUCUCUCAAGCCUUUCCCCACCUUUCCCUCCUCUUGUCUGCCUAGGAGUUACUUUAUGUUGCUAAUUUCGUGUGUUGCUUAAGAGCUAGAUUUUGAGGUUGCGCCAGGAAUGCAUGGACACAUGUAACAAUUACGUUUGUAGUAGCUCGGGGUUACCUUGGGCUUUCAAAUACCCACAGGCACUCAGGGCUUAGGGAAGCCUGUGUUUAAUAAACUGCAAGUAUUUCAUUAA